AUGACAAUUUCAUUUAUUCCUGGAGAAGUUAAUGAUAAUGAAAAUACAAUAAUACAAGCUAAUUGGAAGAAUCAUCAUUUAUUAAUAUAUGGAAGUGGUAAUAAUUUGAUUAUAACUGGUGCUACAUUAACUACAAAGAAUAAAAAACCAACACCUCAUAAUGUUGAUAGAAUCUUGCAGACAAUUUAUUUGGAGUCCGAUCCAAUUUCAAUCAAUUAUUAUAAAGAUGGUAUAAUAUUACUAUGUUUAAAGAAUAAAUUGAUACUAUUCAACCCUAUUAAUGAGUAUAUGAAGUUUCCUAAAUGGACAUUUAAUAAGGAAUUUACAUUUGAUUCUGAAAUUUUAAACUUUAAAUUAGCAAUUGAAGAAAGCGAAAUUAUAGUAUAUUUUAGGCAUGAAUUGAGGUUAUAUUAUUUAUAUGAUGAGUACAGAGAAUAUAAAUUGAAACAAAGAUGGAAAUUUAAAGUCAAUGAUGUUGAUCAAUUAUAUAUCAAUUCGAAUGCAAGUAUGAUUUUGACUACGACAAACCCUUACGAUCGAUUGUUAAAAUGUUGGCAAAGGAUCUCAUCUGGUGACAAUACAUUAUUUGAAGUAUCUUAUUUGAAACAUGAUAAGGGAACAUAUAUAAAGAAAUUUCAUUAUAGAAAACAACAAGAACGAGUGGUUAAAAAUAACGAAAUUGAUUCAUUUGCAAACAUAUCUAAAAUACGAGGAUAUAUAAACAAUUCAAAUGGAGUAAGUGAUAUAAUAUACACAUUAACAAGCAAUAAGUUUCACGUAUGGGCAUCUUAUGAAUUUAGUAGUCAUAAUCAUGUCUGUGAAUGGAGUAAUUUGGAAUUAGAUGAAGAACCAUUGACUUUUUUAGUCAUAGAACAGGAAUUAAUCAAAGACAUAUUUAAUUUAGAUUCCGAUUAUGAUUUAUUAUUCCUUUUUUCAAGACUGGGUGAUUAUAAAAUUUACGCAAUUUGUAAUGUUUUACAAUACCCUCCAAAUAAUGUUAAAUUUAUUGAACUUGGGCAAUUCAAAUUGGGAGAUUUAGAGUGGCCUGAAAAAACAUUUGAAGCUGCAUCAGAAUCAAUACCAUUAAAUGACUUAUCACGUCAACUGAUUUCAAUAUCACCUAUUUCAUUACUUAAUAAUGAUGAACGAAUAAAACAAUUAUCAAUAUCAAUUCAUGACAGGUAUAAACACAACAUACGAUUCGAAUACAUAGAUCCAGAAAAUAUUGCAAAGGGAUUUCAUUUAAUUAAUAGAUAUCAAGGUCAUACUAAAUCAAUAAGAAAACUAAUAAAAUCAAAUUCGUUAUUUACAAAUUCAAAUAUCUUAUUAUCAAUAUCAAAUUUUAAAGAAAAUAACUAUAUUUGGGAACCAAUAGAUUUACAAGUUGGAUUAUCGUUAACUAGAAAAUUUAAGUUAAUUACGACUUCAAGAUGUAUCAAUAGUGUAAUAUUAAACGAUAUUGAACCAAUUAAAGAUGGAAAAAGACGUCAUUUGAUAGUCACCUAUGAAGAGAAUAAGAGUAUAAAUGUAUGGGAUUGUAAUAAAGAAGAAACUGCACAUUUGAUAAUCAAUAAUAAAAUUGACAUUGAUUUAACUCCAAGAGUUUUCUUCAUGAUUGAGUAUCCAGACAACACUCAAGCAAAGAAAAGCUACUGUGUAAUUGCAAUUUAUGAAACCAAUAUAAUACAUUCGUGGAAAUUAUCAUUAACUUAUCAAGAUGAGAUUGUCAAAGAUAUACAAUUUUCGGAAGUUAAGAUCUUACCAUUGCCACAAGAUGAGUCAAUAUAUCAAGUUUCUUCAAUUGAUGUAUUUAUAAGUCAAUCAAAUAGAACAUUAUUAGCAACUAUAAAUUCAAAAGGUUUAUUAAAAAGUUAUAAAUUAAAAUUUGGUAGUAUUAUAUCCUGGACAUUAUCACACUCGAUGAAUACAAAUAUCUCCAACUGCUCAAAAAUGAAUGGCUCUAUCAUAAUUUCCAAAAUUGCAAUUGUUGAUGAAUCAGGAUAUCGGUUGACCAUCUGGGAUAUUAAACAAAAAGUAUUGGAGUAUGAAGAAACACUCCCACGUCAAAUUAAAGACUUAGAUUGGACAUUUAUUAAUCCAUCAAAAUUAAAAACUACAUCCAAUGCAAUACUAUCGAUUGGAUUUGAUAGAUAUGUCCUUUUAUAUACUCAAUUAAGAUAUGAUUAUACAAAUAAUGUACCAACUUAUGCCAAUAUUAAAAAAAUUGAUAUUUCAGAUUUUACGAGUCAUGAAAUUGGUGAUAGUAUAUGGUUAGAUGAUGGAUUAAUAAUUGGAUCUGGUAAUCAAUUUUUCAUUGACGAUAAAUGGAUUAAAUUGGGUACUUCAAAUACGACAAUCGAUUCCACAAUAAGGCAACUACUUACUGGUUAUAAUUCUGAUUCAAAUGUCAUUGAUAUUUCAAAUUUGGUUUGUAUUUUGAAUGGUCCAUUACCUGUAUAUCAUCCUCAAUUUCUAAUACAGAGUUUGUAUAUGAAUCAGAUUGAAUAUUGUGAAGAAGUAUUAGUUAACCUCUUUCAGCAUUUAAGGAAAGAUGAAUUUAUAACGUGGGAUUUAAAUAUGGAAGAUAUAAAACCAAAAUUAACUAGAAGACAAUCAAUAAUACAAGUCUUUACAGAUUUUGACUCAGAAUUAGCCAAUUUAUUAAUUGAUAAAUUGAUAAAAAUAUCAUUACCAUUAUUAACUAGACAUCAACAAUCAACAUUAAUAUCAAUCAUCUUGGUAAUUAAAGAUUUGAAGUCCCAUUUCAAAACAUUGGAUCUUAAUGGAGUUAGAUUCAUGAUUGGUUUUAAAUUGUUUCAGUUGAAUAAAAAACAGAAAUAUUUGAAUAUGAGGGAUAUAAAUUGGGCUUUACAUUCAGAUAAUAAAGAUGUAUUAUUAAAUGAUAUUUAUGUAUAUUAUAAAUUUAGGUUGUCAUGGGAUGUAGUAAAACUGACUGGAUUAGUAUAUUGGAUAAAAUUAGAUAAACUAAUUAAAUUGAUGGAAGACGUGGCUAAGAAUGAGUUUUCAAAAGCGAGAGAUCCACAAGGUUUAAUAUCACUAUUAUAUCUAGCUUUGAAGAAGAAACAAAUAUUAAUUACUUUAUGGAGAACAAGUACAUCUUCAGAGAAGACCAAAAUGUUAAAAUUCCUAUCAAAUGAUUUUACACAACCUCGUUGGAAAUCAGCAGCUUUAAAAAAUGCAUUUGUAUUAUUAGGAAAACACAGAUAUUUAGAUGCUGCUUAUUUCUUUUUACUUGGAGAUUCACCAUGGGAUUCUUGUAGUACAUUAGCUACAAAAUGUAAUGAUAUACCAUUAGCAAUAGCAAUUGCAAAGAUAUACCCAGAGGAUGAUUCAGUAUUAUUACAAGUUAUUGAAAAGUAUAUUAUUCCCACUGCUGUGAAUAACGGAGAUAAAUGGAUUACGAGUUGGAUAUUUUGGCAAUUAAACAAGAAGGAAAUAUCAAUACAAGCUUUGAUCAAAUCACCAAAUGAAAUAAUAACAGAGCAAUUUAAAGAUAUCAUUUUACAAGGGUCAAUUAAAAGUCAUUCUUUCUUACAAGAUGAUCCUGUAUUGAUUUUACUAUUCAAUGACUUAAGAACUAAGAAAUUAAAUUACUUAAAAGGAUCGCUUGGAAUUUCCAAAUUAGAAGAGUUUCAAUUUAUAAUCAAAGUAUGUAUGAUAUAUACAAGAAUGGGAUGUGAUUAUCUAUCUUUAUUAUUGAUCAAGAAUUGGAAUUUCAUAAGUACAUCAGAGAAAGACGUAGAAAAUGGAGAUAUUGAAUUUGAAAAAUCGGUUGAAGUUAAAUCACAACCACCAGUUCAAGAAUUUGAAGAACCAGACAUGAGUGCAUUUGAAUUUGGAUUCUGA